AUGCCACCAUCAAAGAGAAAAACAUUAAUGGACGCUAUAAUUUCUCAAAAAUGUCAAAAUAAAGAAAAUUCUUCAAUAAUUUCGCCUACCAUUACGAUAUCAUCUCCUCCUUCUACUGAUUCAAUAUCUGCCGCCUCGUCAAACGCGAGAUCAUGUGAUGAUUCGAGUGAGCCGCAGCAAAUACCAGAGAUUGCUAUGUACAAACGUUCGGAUUUACCACCCCCUGAUGGAAUAACUCAGGAACAGUAUCAUGAACUUUUGAACAACCGUGGUUGUCAAUUUUGUAAUAAGUCACGGAUCAGAAAGAUAUACUGGGUAUUUCGAGUUCGUUGUUGUGGCCUUUGUUUUAAAUCAAAGACAACGAGAGGCGAUUCCAUUGCUUCUAGUAUUCCUUCUGAUUUGAUUUGCGCGUUACCAUUUCACCAAGAAAAAGGUGUUAAAUUUUAUUGGUCGUCUAUGGUGGACGCAUAUGUCAAAGAAUACGAGUCAAUUCCUGUCGAAAAUCGUUCAGAUUGGUUAAAACAAAAAUAUGAAUUGGUCCGUUUGAUUAUGGCUGAUGUUGAUAUUCGUACGCAAGCUGAUUCCGAAGAACGUAAAGCAAUGGUUGAAAUCAGAGAUCAAAAUAGUACUCUCAGAAAAGAGGCAAUCGCACAAUAUCUUAAAGAAUUGUUGGAUGAAAAGGCUGAUGAUGGAACUUCAAAGUACUUGGAAAAAUACAUUCUUGAAUGUCCAUCAUAUCAAAAUGCUAUUCAACAGAGAACCCCAUUCACUGAGAAAAAGUGGACAUUACUUAAAGGAAAAUUAUUAAAUGAGUACCAAAUGGUUUCGGCAAGACAAAAAGGUGAAAACAUGGACUCCGUUUCAUCUGAUUCAGAAAUCAAUUCGCCGGAUAUAACAGGUGCCCAACUACCUCAAACGAUCGAUCAUAAAUCCAAUGAGAUGGUUGAUUUUAAAAACAUGAUCGGGUUGUCUGAAACUAAUGAUGACCAAUAUUUGAUCUCUCAAAUUCCUGACCAACCUAUUAAUAAGUCAUGUAACGCUGAUAUAGGUAAAUUUUCUCCAUCAAUCAUGAUUGAUCAAAAGACAGAUGACAUAUGCAUAGAAGGACAGCAACUUUUGGCAACAUGUGAUAUUCAGAAUACAGAUAGCACGUGCAUCGAUGUACAACAAUCAUUGUUGGACCAAUACAUAGAAGGUGGUUCCCAACAAUCAACGUCAGAUAUAAAUACAGACACUACUUGCACUGACGUUUUACUUAAUGAUGACGAUGAUUCAGAUGUGAUAUGUCAAGAUAUUGAGGCCGGAUCAAAUGAACAUUUUAAAUGGAGAAUGAUUCCUUUUUCUCCUGAAACUAUGGAUAUGAUUGAGGUCACAAGGGAAUCCUGGAAAAAACAGGGUACAUUUGAACAGGGUCAGCCAUCAAUGUUUGAACCCAAAGACUGCGUGUCUAGUCAAAUAUAUGGUCAAAUGAACAUGUCAGCAGAACAAUCAUUUUGGUUAAAUGAUUUAUAUACGCCUGAUCAUUACAACAAAAUUGAGAAUUUAACAUCAGAUCAGAUGGUUUGGCCAUCAGAAGGGACAUCGCCAAUUAAAUAUGGUAUCUCUGAUGAAUUUCCUUUUACAAUGAAUCAGAAUAAUCGUAUACAACCGAAACCAAGUAAUCAACAACCAACUGCUCCAACAACCCCUGUUUCGUGGUCAGUUAUGAAUUCAAUCACAGAGGUUUCCAUACAACAGUCAUCGUCGCUGCAUUGGAAUCGGCAAGAAAUUCCAUCCUUUGACAUAUUCCAAGCUGGUAAUGUUACUUGUCCCGCACUUUGGCAAGCAUGGAUUGAGAAACAAUUGCAACAAGUACACGCCUCAGAAUAUUUUACUUCUGAUAGAAUGCAACAAAUCCAACUUUUAAGUCAACAAAUGUACAUAAUUGAGAAGAUUAGAGCUCUUCUUCCGCGUCAUACGCUAUUAUUGUUGGAACAAGGAAUAACAACCUUGCCAACUAUAGCGUCCAAUAUUACCUUUUCUUCAAAUUCACCGUAUGCAGGAAACCCUAUACACAAUAAUGAAUAUUCACAAACAAGAUCUGUAAUAAAUCUUUUGAAGUUUUUACGCUGGUGUCCGUCGUUUUCGGAUCCACCAGUUCAAUACAAUUACCCAUACCAACCUUGGGAUGAGAGAUUUGUUGAUGAAGUACUAAUACCAAUACUAUCGACUGAAGCGGUUGUGUUUUUACGAAAUCCAGCUCAUACGAUAAAAGGAGCAGUGUUAAGAGGACUGGCAAAUACAGGAUUAUUUAGAUGUAAAAUAUGUUGGUUUUGGGCUAGAGUGCCUUCUUAUAAUUAUGAAUAUGUAAGAAAGCACCUGAUAGAAGUUCAUAAAAGUGAACCUCUAGAUGAGUUGAUGGAAAUAUUAGUAGAGUAUUUGCCUAAUAAUCUGGAUAUUCCUAUUGAUACCAAGUUAUGGUGGGAAUUAACUAAGAUGAGUGGAAAAUUGGACUAA